UCUCGUAGGAGCUUUUUCGAGCAUUUUUUUCGUGGUUUAUAAGGUUCUAGACGAGCUAUUCGAUUCCUAAUCGCAUCUUCUGGAUUUGGGAUUCAAAUGUUCAAGCUUUUUAGUCUUUAUGGAGCUUGGAAAGCCGGGGAAUUGGUUUGAUGCCUGUGUUACGGUCCGCAGAUUGAAAGUUUCUUGGUUGAUGUGUUUCAUCUUUUCGGUAGUAUUAAUUCUGUUGUUUGCUCUGAUUUCUUCGAUGUUUUCUAGGGUUUAGGGCUAUGUGGAUGGAUGAAUUUGUGAUGCUUGCGAUGAACUCUUAGGGCUUGCAAAGUAGUCGUACCAUGGAGGGGGAUUGGGUUCAAGAAUUAUUAGUUGUGAGUAUUUAAAGCUUCGGGCAUGGCAACAACAGAGGCGGCUCCAGCUUCACUCGGCCCACGAUUUGCACCAGAGGACCCGGCACUCCCCAAGCCCUGGAAAGGGCUGAUAGAUGGAAGCACUGGUCUCUUGUACUACUGGAACCCUGAAACGAAUGUCACCCAGUAUGAGAGGCCAGCUACCUCAGCCCCCCCACUGCCGCCUGGUCCUCCUCCUUCAGCCUCCUUGCCAAACUUGGCCCCAAUACCCAUUGCUCGCACUGUACCUCCUAAUGGCACGGUACAGCAGCAGCCUCGCCAACAAUUGGCUCAGCAGGCAGGACAGCAAGUGCAGCAACAACAGCCAAGUCAACAGGUUUUUCAGCAAGAAGGGCAGCUAACUCAACAACAGCAGAAGCUGAGCCAGCAAUUGCCACUUCAGCAGUUGGGUCAGCAGAUGACACUUCAGCAGUCGGGUCAGCAGGUGGCGCUUCAGCCAACCCAGCAGCUCCCAUAUCAGCAGCCACAGCAAGUGUCAAAUCAGCAAUUUACACAGCAGCGGACCCCUCGGCACUUCUCACACAUGCAGCUGCAGCAGAUGCCACACCAGCAAAUUUCUUACCUUCAAGGGCAGCUUAUGCCAUGCCCUGAGGGCCAGCAACAACAGGGGCUGCAAUUUGCUUCUUAUCAGCAGGGUCAACAGUCACAAGGGCCUCAGGUGUCAUACCAGCAGGGGCAGCAACCACAGGGGCCACAAAUUCCUCACCAGCAACAAACGCAGGAGUCACAGAUGAUGCUACAGCAGCAACCACAGGGGUCACAAGUCCCACACUCUUAGGGCCUUCAAAUUGCAGCUCAGCUACUCCAGCACACACAGGGGCCUCCAAUUGCACAGCAGCAGGGGCAACAAUCACAGGGUUCACAUAUCGGGAACCAGCUUGAGCAGAAGAAACAAGGGCAGCAAGUUGGGCUCCCAGGGGUGGAGGAAGCAACUCGCCAAGAGGGAAAACAGGCUGGUCUUUCUUUGCCUCAGGUACAACAAAGCAGUCUGAUAUCCGGGAAUCAUCACCUUCCAUCUUCACUUCCUCAGGUUAAUAUAUCACCGGUGGGAAGCCGUUCAAUUCAACCACAGCAACAGUUUGGUGGGGCAUCUCCUGUUAGUGCACAGCAGAAUUCUUCACUUCAGUUGCAGCCUGUGGGAAUAGACACGAGCUAUCGGCAACAGCAAACAAGUGGCACCACAGUUCCGAAUCAGCUGGGGCAUCCAAUGGUCUGUCCGCCUAUGGGAUUGAACAUGGGUUAUGAUGAUGAUCAACAUGAAAGAGGGAGAACAGAAUUUUAUUCUUCCCGAAGAAUGGAAGAACCAAUGAUGCUUCCACAGCAACCUCUUGCACGGAGUCAACAGGAUAUGAGAAUGAGUCAUCAGUUUAUCCCACCAGGUCAUUCAGGUGGAUUGAACAUGUUGCCCCAGCAUCCUUUGCCAAACAUGUACAGUCAUGCUGCCUUUCCUAAUCCAGCUGCAUUAAGACCACCUCUAGGAAUGCUUGGCUCAUCAGAUUUUCCAAAUAUCUCUUCAGCUGAUGCAUAUCGCCGGCACCACGAGGUUACUGCAAUGGGCGACAAUGUUCCUGCACCAUUCAUGACCUUCGAGUCCACUGGCUUCCCUCCCGAGAUACUUAGAGAGAUGCAUUUGGCUGGAUUUUUGUCUCCCACACCGAUACAGGCGCAGACAUGGCCAGUUGCACUACAAAAAAGAGACGUAGUAGCAAUCGCCAAAACCGGUUCGGGGAAGACCCUAGCUGUUUUCACUCCAACCGCAACCCGAGAUGAAGAACUAUCUAUUGAAGAAUCCAGUCAAGCCAUCAUAUUUCGGGAGAACAGCGAUUCAGCCGUUGUUCAACCCGAAAAUUCUGCACACAUGAGCGCAGAAAUUUCAGCUUCUGCGCCCAUUGUGAGUGAAAAUGCUGAGGAGUCUUUGACCUCAGAAAUUCCAGCAACCGAAGGCAGGUCAACCUCGGUUAUUGCAACAGAAGCCUCAGCCAAUGCAGCCAAGGAACAAGGUGAUUUUACAGUGGAUCUUCAGUUGCAAAGAGAAGACACACCUGUUGCAGAUUUUAGUGCAGAAAAUUCUGCGACUGCGAAAUUUGUUGCACCACCAAGGAGCAGCGGAUUUCUUCCAGAUUCUUCAAACCACAUUGAGCCAAUCCAUAGCCAGGAGGAUGCCAAGAUAACCACACGGGCGGUGAUCAAUAUUCAGCGACCAACUACUAUGCAGCUCACGGCUUGGAUCGACAGAUACGAGGAACCAAAGAGGAAGUUUGGGACAUUCAGAAAGGGAACUAUUGGCAAAGGAAUGCUGUAAAGGUUUGCUUUAAAAAUUGCUGGAAAAAUUCCUCUUGG